AUGGUUUUCAAGGCAACAAUUCAGGUGCUGUCUGCUAGUAGCAGGUUUGUUGUGUUUCAGUUCUGGGCUGGUUUUCAAGGAACCAGUUCAGGAAAGUCCAGAGCAAGAGAUGCUGCAUUAAAUGCCGUUCAAUCACCUUUAUUAGAUAUUGGCAUAGAGAGGGCCACUGGAAUUGUCUGGAACAUAAUUUCUGGUACUGAUUUAACUUUGUUUGAGUCCAAGUUUGCCAUUCCUCAAGAUGAGAGAAGGGAUAUGAUUAGGCAUCGAACAUUGAAGUCAAUGGGAGAGAAAUGGAGAAAUUGGAAAUGUAGUUUAAAAGCAAAGUACUAUGAUGAGACAAAGACAGCAGCACAGAUAGUAGCUACUGCGCCUUUAGCAGUUAACCGUGAGCACUAUGCUGACCUUGUCGCGUAUUGGUUUUCAAAGGAAGGGCAGGAACUUAGUGCAACCAAUAAGGAAAGCAGGCGAGAGCAAACAAGUGCACAUACGGGAGGAUCUAAAACUUAUGCACAACAUGCAUAUGAUAUGGAGCAAAAAGAUAAGAUUGCACUAGAUCGAGCAAAAUUAUAUAUACCGCUUCACAAAAGGAAAGAUGGGACACCAGUCAAUGAAGCAGCAGCUACAAAAAUUGAAAAACUAGAAGCUUUGAUGAGCUCACAACCAAGUAGCUCCGAAGGAAAUGUUGGUGGACGUAUAUCUUGGUCACCAAAUGAUAUUUAUUCCCAAGUGAUGGGUAAAGAGCAUCAUGGUCGUGUUCGAGGUUUAGGAUUUGGGCCUUCUCCUUCCAAGCAUGGCUUCAUGUGUAAUAAUUUUGACCACUUAAGAAUGGUUUCUGAUGAAGAGAGAAUGAGAGACAAAGACACUAUAAUUGAGUUGAAGGAACAACUAAAAACUCAAGGUGAUCAGUUACAAACUCAAGGUAUUCAGUUGCAAGCUCAAGAUGCUGUAAUAAACUCUUUAAAAGAGCAAGUAGCAUUUUUGAUGAGUCAGAGACAUAGUUCUAGUGGUUUGCAGGCGACAGAUGGAUGUAGUGGCAUUCCGGACCAAACUUCUCCACAAACAAAUCAAAGAUCCUCUUUUCGAAGUCAUGAAACGCAACCUUCUAAUCGAGAUUAA